AUGGCCUCGCCGGUGAGGCCGGGCGGCUGGGUGCGCCUGCGCGAGCGCCUUCCCGUCCCGGCCCCUUUCGCGGGCGCCUCGUUGGCGCAGCAGCAGCAGCAGCACCUGCCCGACGGCGCGGACGGCGGAGAGAUGCUGGGACUGUCGCUGCUGCUGGGCUUCAGCACCGGCUGGCUGGCCUAUUACUGGGCGCGCGUCCCCAAGGUCAGGCGGGGAAGCGGGCGCUGCUCCGGGCAGCCUCGACGGGGCGGGCGGAGGCUGAGCCCCUUGGCCGGGGGAGAGGGCGCCCCGGGCAUCCUUGGCACCCCUCUCGCGGGCGAGGGACUAGGCUGGGGGGACCCUUCUCCUUCCUCCCACCCCCACCAGCCCAGCUCCCCCGACGGCAGCCCGACGUGACCCCUGGCCAGGUUCCGAGGUGGAGGCAAGAGACACCGGGAGGGUCACGGGGAGAUGGGGAUCUCUGCUCCAGAGGCUGCUCGUGCCUCGCUCCUUCCCUCGGGGGUCUCGGGGCCAAGCCUGACAUUUGCCCCAGACGGCGGGGUGGGCUGCCUGCCUGCCUGCCCACCUGCCUCUGGCUGGCAUGUGAGGCUGAAACACGUGAAGCCAACCCCCGCUUUGGAAAACAGGUUCGGAAGUAUUCAUUAGGUGUCUGCCAAAACAAUAAUCAGGGACAGAAACUAGAUUCCUCCCAGCCCGGUGGCCACGCCUGGUUUUGGCUCUCCCGGGCAGAGAAGCACCUUCUGAGGUUCUGGGCAGCUCAGUUUCAGGAGGAUAUGGACAAGCUGGAAGGCGGGCAGAAGACAGUGAAGGGUCUGGGAAACAGCCUUGUGAGGAACCGUGGAGGAAGUUGGGGUGUUUAGGCUGGAAGAGGGACCGAGAGGCAAUGUGAUCAAAGGCAGAUUUAAGGAAGCGCAACUGGCUCAAAUAUUGGUGUUGCACAUAUGGUACUCCAGAAAUUGGAGACCCCCAAAUCUGCCACUGAUAUGGCGGUUCCCUCAUUGCGAGAAGCCAAGUGACAGGGAACCAGGCAGAGGGCCUUCUCGGUGGUGGCGCCCGCCCUGUGGAACGCCCUCCCUUCAGAUGUCAAAGAGAUAAACAACUACCAGACUUUUGGAUGACAUCUGAAGGCAGUGCUGCAUAGGGAAGCUUUUAAUGUUUGACGCAUUACUGUACAGUGGUACCUUGGGAUGCGAACGGGAUCCGUUCCGGAGCCCUGUUUGCAUCCUGAACAGAACAUAAGAUGCGACGGUGUGUCUACAUGUGGGCAGGUCGUGUUUUGCCGCUUCCACGCAUGCCCGUGACGUCAUUUUGAGCACCUGCGCAUGCGCAAGCAGCGAAACCUGGAGGUAACACGCUCCGUUACUUCUGGGUUGCCGCGGAGCGCAACCCAAAAGCGCUCAACCUGAAGCACAUUCAACCCGAGGUAUGACUGUAUUUUAAUAUUUUGUUGGAAGCCGCCCAGAGUGGCUGGGGAAACCCAGCCAGGUGGGUGGAGUAUAAAUAAUAAAUUAUAUUAUUAUGAUGAUGAUAGCCAUCUUCCAAUAUCUCAAGGGCUGUCACGUGUUUCCUCCUGCUCUGGAGAGUAGGACCCAAAUGAAUGGAUUCCAACGACAAGGAGGGAGAUCCCAACUAGACAUUAGGAAGGAUUUUUGGGCAGCAAGAGGUGUUUGACUGUGAAAGGCGUUUUUGCAGGAAAGAGCGAGCAAAGUCUCCCUGUGGAGCCAGGAGAGGACACUGCCUAUGGGCAGAACAAAUGCCAGCCGGAGGCCCCUUGGCAAGAGGCGGGAAAGCAACCUCUGUGUGGGCAGCAGCAGAGGCAGCUUAGAAUGGUAGAGUUAGAAGGGACCCCUAGGAGUCAUCUAGUCCAACCCCGCAAUGCAGGACUAUUGAACUCCAAGGAAGGAGAGCUCUGGGGCAGUGCUGUGGCCGCCUGAGCUUGAGCUCCCUGUGACCUUCCUCUCCCCCCCCCCCCGCAGCCCCCGCUGCUGGUGGCUUGCCAGCCCUUCCGCUCCUUCCUGGAGAAAUAUUGCCCCAUCGUGAACGAGACCUUCUACCCCACGCCCUGGUGCUUCGAAGGACGGCUCCAGACCAUCGUCCGCGUCUUCCUCAAGUCCAGCCCGCCCGUCUCCUACCGCAGGUCAGCCGGACGAAGGGGGGGAGGGAGCCAGGCCCGGGGUGGGGGCCGGUGCCAGUCUGCUUGGGAGAUGGUGGGCAUGGGGCUGUGAUGCCAGGGAGCCUGUCUCACCCGCCUCCUCCUCCUUGCCCUUUCCCAUCCAGUGAAGUGCUGAGGACCGCAGACGGAGGCCAGCUGCUGCUGGAUUGGGCUGACGGCGAGAGCGGGCAGCACCCUGACCCGGAGAGCUGCCCCAUUGUCCUGUUCCUGCCAGGCCUGACGGGCAACAGCCAGGAGACCUACAUUCUGCACAUGGUCCUGGGCGUCCAGCAACGGGGCUACAGGUGGGAAAGGGCACCCGGGGGGGGGGUCCUGGCAUUGGCGGUGCUGUUACCUGUUGCGUUUACACCCCUCCUUUCUCUCCACGGAGUUCAAGGUGGCGCACAACAACCCUGUGAGGUAGAGUAGGCUGAGAGGCGAGUUUCAUGGCCUAGGGGGGAUUUGAACCCUGCUCCCCUAGGUCCUGGGACGCGGGUGGCGCUGUGGGUUAAACCACAGAGCCUAGGACUUGCAGAUCAGAAGGUCGGCGGUUCGAAUCCCCACAACAGGGUGAGCUCCCGUUGCUCGGUCCCUGCUCCUGCCAACCUAGCAGUUCAAAAGCAUGUCAAAGUGCAAGUAGAUAAAUAGGUACCACUCCAGCGGGAAGGUAAACGGCGUUUCCGUGCGCUGCUCUGGUUCGCCAGAAGCGGCUUAGUCAUGCUGGCCACAUGACCCGGAAGCUGUACGCCACCUCCCUUGGCCAAUGAAGCGAGAUGAGCGCCGCAACCCCAGAGUCGGUUAGGGGUCCCUUUACCUUUACCCCCCAGGUCCUAGUACAACAUUCUAACCAUUACGCACUGCUGCCUUUUCCCAUUCUUGUUUUCCACCCUAAGGUAAACUGAUUCUGUCUAUGGAGGUUCCAUUUAGUAAUCAUAAAAAAAUGAGAAGAGCCCGGCUGCUAGGUCUGGUCACAGGGGGGCCAUCGGGUCCAGGUUCCCACAGCGGCCAACCAGGUGCCCCCCCUGCUUGGCCCUCUCCCCCCAGCUGCUGUUUCCCAGCAAGGGGCAUAGCAUGUAGCCACCAUGAUUUGCAGCCACAACUAGCCUUUUCCUGGGUUCUCACUCUCUUCCCGUCUCCCUCGCAGGGCUGUUGUGUUCAACAACCGAGGCUGCAAAGGAGAGGAGCUGCUGGUGAGUGGGGCCAUAGCUGGGGGCGGUGCACCCCUGGGUGCUGGAGGAGGGGAGGGUGCUCUGGGACUGCAAGGCGAAGGCAAGAUGGGCACCCGACUCCGUCUCUGCAGAAGAGGCAAGCCUCACCCACCAUCUCCCCUUCUCCCUCCAGACCCACAGGGCUUUCUGCGCCAACGACACCGAAGACCUGGAGCUGGUGGUGGGGCACAUCAAGAGCCGCUUCCCCCGGGCCCCCCUGAUGGCGGUGGGCGUUUCGCUGGGCGGGUGAGGCUCCGGCAGGGCAAGGGGGGAGGCAGGUGCGAAACGGGAGCUGCGCUGAAGAGAAGCGGCUCCGUUGCCUCCCAGCUUGGGCCUCUCUCUCAUAGGAAGGAAAGAGCACCAGGAGUGCCUGCAGGAUCAGGCCCCUGGCCCUUCUAGCCCAGGAUUCUGUCCUCACAGAGGCCGACCAGGUGCCCAUUGUAGGAAACCCAAAAGCGGGAGUUGAGCACAAGAGUAACUCUCCCCUCCUGCGGUUUCCAGGAACUGAGAUUCAGAAGUAUUGCUGAGCCGAGCUAGGAGGGACCUGCUGAAAGAAGCCUGGGCCUCGCCCCCCCCCCCCGGAAUCCCCCCCCCCCGCCUGAGGCCGGGUUUCCUUCUGCCCCCCAGGGGGCUGUUGCGGCUGUGGGGCUCAGCUCCCGCUUGCUUCUGGGCAUCCGGGUGCCCCCUGUGAGAGCAGGGGGCUGGACUCAAAGGGCCCCUUUGGUCAGAUCCUGCUCUUCUCUUGCCAGCCUCCCUCCAGGGCCCACCCACAAGGCAGGAGCUGGAGAAUGACCUCUGCCUCCUGCUAGGACUCUUUUUAUGAGCCAAGCUGCCUCUCCCCUAAAACAAAUUUCCAGGGUGGCGGGGCAAAGGGCACAGAAACAGCUCCUGGCAGUGCCUAAGUCCUGGGCGAGGACACUCUGGAGCGGAGUCUCCUGCCAGUGGGUCUCUUUCCCAAAGGCUCCUCCUGCCCCCUCCCCUUCUCUUUAAGCCAGUUAGGAGUGAGGGUGUCCUGGGGGGAACCCUUUGGAAGGCGGAAGGCGCCCCUCGCUCAAGGGACCCACAGCCCUGACCUCCUGUGUCUCCGAAUCCAGCCAUGGUGGGAGGGGAGGGGAACUGAAAUGCUGGAGAGGCUUUUGCGCCCACACAACCGGGACUGGGCUGCGGUUGAUCAUCUGGGUGAAAGGGAAGGCAGAGCCCAGCUUGCCCGGCUGUGGUGUUUACGGGAGCCGGUGAGUCAGCCUUCCUGCUCCUAUGACUCAGGCGUUUGCUCCCAGCAGCCUCAGUCUCUGCUUGAUGCUAGAGAAAGGUUUCCCUUACUAGCAAGAGCACGUUUGCCAGCUGGGGUGCAGGGAAGCCCCUGGGCAGCCUCCCAGAAGUACAGCUGAUUUGUUGUUGUUGUUUAGUGGUGUCUGCCUCUUUGUGACCCCCUGGACCAGAGCACGCCAGGCCCUCCUGUCUUCCACUGCCUCCCGCAGUUGGGUCAAACUCAUGCUGGUAGCUUCCAGAACACUGUCCCACCAUCUCGUCCUCUGUCGUCCCCUUCUCCUUGUGCCCUCCAUCUUUCCCAACAUCAGGGUCUUUUCCAGGGAGUCUUCUCUUCUCAUGUGGUGGCCAAAGUCUUGGAGCCUCAGCUUCAGGAUCUGUCCUUCCACUGAGCAAUCAGGGCUGAUUUCCUUAAGAAUGGAGAGGUUUGAUCUUCUUGCAGUCCAUGGGACUCUCAAGAGUCUCCUCCAGCACCAGAAUUCAAAAGCAUCCAUUCUUCAGCGAUCAGCCUUCUUUAUGGUCCAGCUCUCACUUCCAUACAUCACUACUGGGAAAACCAGAGCUUGAACUAUACGGACCUUUGUCGGCAAGGUGAUGUCUGCUUUUUAAGAUGCUGUCGAGGUUUGCCAUUGCUUUUCUCUUAAUUCAGCUGAUAACCUUGACCCAAAAGAGCAAGGGGCUCAGUCCAGCUCUGGGCUGCCAGUCAGAGAUGGUCUACUUGAGAAAGGGACCCCCAGGACUGCUAGGAAUGCUCCAGCGUGACCCCGGAAGUGGCCUGUGGCAGCCAUUGGUGUUCGUUUCCUAUAAGCCCCGGUGUGGCAGAUCUGAUGGCUCCAGAUGUUCCAGGUCUGCCCCGUUUGCCCUUCUGGACUGGCAGGCCUCCUCCUCCAGAACCUGCCCACGCUCUCCUGCCAGUGCGGAGAAUUCGAAACCAGGACCCGGAAGUGCAAAACGGAAGUGGCUCAAGGGGGUAGGUGGGCUUUUACUGGAGCAGCUCCCUUGGGAGGGAUGCCAGCCUUUGGCCUGCAGCCGUUUGGACCUGAAGAAAUGUUCUGAGCAGCCUGGAAGCUGCCCUGAGUCUUGGGCCAAAAGAGGAGGGUGCGGGUGCCGUUCACAGUUCACUGCACAGAAGCGCAAGAAGGGCCUGCAGGAUCAGGCCACUGGCCCCUCUAGUCCCGCAUCCUGUUCCCCCAAUGGCCCUAAAGGGCAGGAUUCAAGCACAUGAGUCCUCUCCCCUCCGGUGACGGGAAUUCCUGCAUUGCAGGGGGUUGGACUAGAUGACCCGUGGCUCCCUUUCCGCUCUAUAAUUCUAUGAAUCCAGAAGGUUUGCUGCCUCUCAGUGUUGAGGCAGAGCAGAGCCAUCGUGCUUAGUAGCCAGUGACUACUCCUCCUCCAUGAAUUUGUCUGCUCCUCUUUUAAAGCCACCCGUUGGUGGCCAGCACCGCCUCCUGUGGCAGGGAGUUCCAUAGUUUAACUUUGUGGCGUGUGAAGAAGUCCUUUUUAAAAAUCCAUCCUGAAUCAUGCAAUGUUCCACACUUUAACUAUGUGCUACAUAAAGGACUUUUUUUCCAUUUAAUAAACUUCUAUUGUGCUGCCUUUUCUCCAGACUGAGAGGGCUUCCCAGAGAGCUGCUGGCCAAUCAGAGUGGCAGCCUGCGAUAGAGAGGGGCUUUGGGGGGGGCAGGACAGGGGUUGAUGGUCCAGCUGUGCCCAGAACGUACCAGGGGCAAAGCCACCCCUCCACCCAUUUGAAGCAUCCCUCUGGAGAGCCAGUGUGGUGUAGUGGUUAAGAGCAGUGGACUCGUAAUCUGGGGAACGGGGUUCGCAUCUCCGCUCCUCCACCUGCAGCUGCUGGGUGACCUUGGGCCAGUCACGCUUCUCUGAAGUCUCUCAGCCCCACUCACCCCACAGAGUGUUUGUUGUGGGGGAGGAAGGGAAGGAGAUGGUUCACUGCUAUCAGGUGGGCUAUCAAGUCCAAACUCCCCCAACUCCUCCUCCUCCUGCCCCCAGGAUCCUGGUGCUGAACUACCUGGGGCGCAAGGGCCCGGAAGCCGGACUGGUGGCCGCCAUGACGUGCUCUGUCAGCUGGGACUCCUUCGAGACCACCCACUCCCUCGAGAGCCCCCUCAACCAAGUGCUCUUUAACCAGCACCUGACGGCCAACCUGCGCAAGCUCAUCCAGCGGUGCGUUGCUGGGGGGGGGGGGACCAGAGGCAGGUCUGGCAUUCUGGCCCCCUUCCAGGAGGGAGGGGCCCCAAGACCCCCCUGCCCUUCGGCUCUUCCUUCCCAGAACCCCCCCUUCCCCCCCAGCUGCCCCCUUUUCCAUUCCCUGCUCACACCUCAACCCUAUUUUCAGGCACAGGAAGGUCAUUGCUGAGCAAAUUGACGUGGACCACGUGCUGAAGGUACUGCCCCCUCCCUGGUGGAGUUGGAAGGGACCCCCGAGGGUCAUCCAGCCCAGCCCCCCUGCGACACCACAGCGAACCUUUUUGUGCUCUCUUUGCAGGCGCGCAGCAUCCGGGAGUUUGACGAGCGCUACACGGCCGUGGCCUUUGGCUACCGCUCCUGCGAGGAAUACUACCGGGCCGCCAGCCCCUGCCAGAAGGUGCACAGCUUCCGGGUCCCGGUGCUGUGCCUCAACGCCUCCGACGACCCCUUUUCCCCGCUUCACGGUGAGUCCCCCGGCCUUCCCCCCCGGCGGGCGCCCCUCUCCCCCCGGGCUCCUGCUCUCGACUGACCCCCAUCCGCCUUCCUUGCAGCCAUCCCCGUGAAGGAAGCCCAGAGCGUCUCCACCCUGGCGCUGCUGGUGACGGCGCGAGGAGGGCACAUUGGCUUCCUGGAGGGGCUCCUGCCGCGCCACCAGAGCUACAUGGACCGCGUCUUCGCCCAGUUUGCGGGGGCCGUCUUUGAGCACCAGGAAGAACUGGCGGCCGCCGUGGCAGCUGAGCAGGAGCAGCAGCUGCAGCAGUGCCACGAACAGGGGCCGGGCACCCAGGUGGCAACCUCCUAAGCAGAACCAGGGAGGAGGAGGGUCCCUGUGGCCCCCAGCGCAGGCCCUGUGAGCCCCACAGGUGGAGGGCCUGAGCCUGUUGCCCUGCUCCUUCCAAGGGGGGAAACCAGAGGCCAGCAGCCCCCCCAAGAGCCUGGCGCUGCUGGGACCAGGACCAUGCAGAAUACAAGAUGGCUUUUCCAGUACCUUGGCGUGAGGCUGCUUCCAUUCCAGGCGCAAAGGAAGCUGCACUUUUCUCGCCCAGAAACUUGCUUCCACCCGUGACGAGCCCUUUCCCCUCUUUCUUUGCGGGGGGGGGGGCAGCAAGAGCUCAGGGACAGAGCAGCUGUUCUGUCUGCAGAAGGUCUUGGGUUCAAACCCCUUUGACAGCGUCUCCAGGGAGGGCUGCGGAAAAAGACUCUCCGUCUGAAGCCCUGGAGAGCGGCUGCCAGUUAAAGAACUAUAGAGAGUCAGAACAGCUGGCAAAGGACACCCAUCUAAAAUGGUCGCAAGUCGCUUUGGGUUGCCCAAAGUUACUAACAAAUUUAAUCAAUAAUCAAUAACAAUAAUAAUAAUAAAACCCAAGAGAGCCACUCCCAGUCAGCAGCGACCACAGGAGGCCAAACUGGUGAAGGGAGAGAAAGAGCUGAGAUCUUUGAUUGAGUUGGGUCGAUUUCCUGUAAAAUAAACACACAAAUGUGGACAUUCUACCCC